GAGGGUGGUGUGUGUGGAGGGUGGUGUGUGUGGAGCAUGGUGUGUGUGGAGGGUGGUAUGUGGAGAGUGGUGGAGGGUGGUGUGUGUGUAAAGUGGUGUGUGUGCUUUCCCCAGCUCCAGCCCUGGAGUAUGGAGCCCUCAGCCAUCCUGGAACUGGACUGGGAGGCCAUCCCUCUGCUCAGAUGUGUCCUUUCUUUGACUGAGCCCUCCUUCCGUGACUCCCCCGCUGCCUCCCUUCUUGAGGCCGUUGUGUGAGAAUCACAGGAGGCGCGCCCUAAGGACCAGGCACCCUGAUUCUGUGGCCGUACUCAUGCCCUGAGCUCAAGGAGUGGGAGCCAGGAAGGCUGAGCUCCAGUCUCAGCCCAAUUGUGCAAACUGAGGUGACGUCACUCAAGCCUGUGGCAGUGCUGUCCAUAGCCAUUAGCAUUCCAUGAGGCCCUCGAGUUUGGCGGCUGGAUUCCCGCUGCCUGGCCCUUGCCAGGGAUGUCACACAGCCCUAUCCUCGGGCGCUCCAAAUGCCUCCCUGUGCCUGUGAUGUGUGGGGGAAGGCUGCGUCCUGGCCAGAGGCUCUUGGGGGCAGGUCUCAGACAGCAGCCCCGAUGGGAUGGAGGAGCUGUCCACCCUCAGGCCCCACGAGCAUCCAGCUGGUCCAUGUGCUGCUAAGUCCAGAAGGGUUAUGUGUGUACACGUGUGUGUGCAUGUGCACGUGUGUUCGUGUGUGUGCAUGUGUGUGGGGGGGGAAGGGAGGCAUGCAUGUAGAUAGAGAUACAUAGAUACUCUGCAUUUUAGAAAGUUCCAGGUUCAAGUCAAGCUCCUUGGAGGCUCAUUUCUAAUGUGAUUUUUAGAGAAAUAAACAACAGCAGUCGGGGUGGAGGCUUCUUCUCUCUGGCCCGUGAUGGGCACUGCCUGCUGGCACUGCAGAGCAAGGGCUGGCUGGGGUGACAGGAGUGGGCUUUGCCUUUGGGCUGCUGGUGAAUGACCCAGCUGUCCCCAGCGGGUGGACAGGCCUGACCUCAACACCAAGGUUAUCCUUGUCUGUAGAGUAAAGGGGGCCUGGAUUCUAUUCGUUUUUGGUUUUUCGGUGGGAAGCAGCAUGAUUUCAUAAGAGGAGCCUCGGUUUGGGGUCAGAAGGUCUUAUUUUGAGCCCAAAUUAUCCUUUCUCAGCCUGUGCCCAGGUUCCUCAGCAGUGAAGAGCAGGUGAUAAUAUUAGGUUAAACUGCGUGGAAUAGCCAAUAUUUGACUUUUUUUUUUUUUGAGACGGAGUCUCACUGUGUUGCCCAGGCUGGAGUGCAGUGGCGUGAUCUCAGCUCACUGCAAGCUCCACCUCCCGGGUUCACACCAUUCUCCUGCCUCAGCCUCCGGAGUAGCUGGGGCUACAGGAGUCCGCCACCACGCCCGGCUAAUUUUUUUGUAUUUUUUAGUAGAGCUGGCGUUUCACUGUGUUAGCCAAGAUGGUCUCAAUCUCCUGACCUCGUGAUCCACUCACCUUGGCCUCCCAAAUUGCUGGGAUUACAGGCAUGAGCCAUAUUUGACUAUUUUCUAACCUCAAAAAUGAUCAUCUCACAGAGUUCAACCUAAUAUCUGACCCAUCAACCAUAUAAAAUUGUCAAAAUUGUCAUCUGAAAAACAUAUACAUCAAUUAUUUUUAAGCAGCUGAGUUUUUAGAAUGUAAGUUGUUUUUCUGACAAACCUGUCAUUUUGACUUUUCCCCUCUUCUGGAACCGACUUUCUCCUCUCUUUUCUGGAAUCUUGCUGUGUCGACCCAGCUGCAGCCCCCUCCUCCUCCUCCAGGGUGCUGCGCCUGUGGGACAGCACACUCACGCAUCCAGUCCUUGUUGGCCUUGUCACAAUCGUCACCUACUUUUAAGAAGUUUAAGAGCAAAUGUUGUAGCCUCAGCAUCUCCUGGGUCCCGAGCUCUCCGAGGGACACAGUAAAAAGUGACUUAGGGCUGAGUCCAGAGACACUAGGUUUACCCUUGGAAUCCUUGGAAUCCAUUCAAGGCAGCCGCCCCUACCUUUGGAGGGUGAAAUUAAAUUUAGUCCAAGCUGGAACAGCCAGUCCUGGGGUUGCCCGUUGAGCUGCGGCCCUGCCAGGUGGGUCACAUGUGAAAGAGCAGGUAUUCUUCCCUCCUGACCCCUUACGGGGCCGUGCAGGCUGUGAGAUGGGAGAGAGGCGGGGCCCCAGGGAGGGAGGAGAAGGUCAAGAUCUAAGCUAGUUCUCGUGGAGUGCAGGGCUCUGGGCAGAAGCUCCGCGCACACCCCUGGCCUCCCCGGUCUCUCUGUAGGAUGGGAGCACUUCCAGGUCAUUGUGUUCCUAUAGGACCCUCAGGCAUGUGGGGUUGGCAUCUCUGUGCUCCUGGGGCGGUUCUUCAUAUGGUCUCAGCCUGUCCUGUGGCUUCUCAGGGCCCCAUUAACAAUGGGGUGCUUACCACAUGCCCCCCUACAGGUCUGUGGUCUACACUGAGGAUGUAGCAGUGGAGGGCACAUGAGGCUGCUGCCCUCGUAGGGUUUACUUUCUUUUUUUGAGAUGGAGUCUCACUCUGUCGCCCAGGCUGGAGUGCAGUGGUGCGAUCUUGACUCACUGCAACCUCCACCCCCUGGGUUCAAGCAAUUCUCCUGCCUCAGCCUCCCAAGUAUCUGGGAUUACAUGUGUGUGCUACCAUGCCCGGUUAAUUUUUGUAUUUUCAGUAAAGGCGGGGUUUCGCCAUGUUGGCCAGGCUGGUCUUGAACUCCUGACCUCAGGUGAUCUGCCCACCUCCCAAAGUGCUGGGAUUACAGGCACGAGUUUCUGUGCCCCGCCAGGGCUUACAUUCUUGAGGGUUCUGUCCCCGCUAGCCCCAGGGACCCCCGACCAGUGCCUCGGUCUGAGCUGGCACCUUACACAGGGCACAGGCUUGCGUAGGAGCCUGGGCUCCCGUGUGUCCGUCCUGUCACUCAGUAAGCAGCACUGUUGAGGGUUUGCUUUGAGGCUAGCAUUCUUCCAGACAUGGGACGGAGCAGGCACAGGGGACAGGCGAGAGCUUGCCACCCGUUUUCAGUCUUGCUCCUCCCCUCACUGCCCCCUGCCCUCCAGCUGAGAGGGAGUGGAGGGAAGCCCUUCACCAGAGCAGGAAGCCCCGGCUCCCUCUCCUGUGAACUCCCCUGGGAAAGUUGAGUCUGAGGAGUGUUUUAGCAGUGAUGGGAGUGAGGACGUGCACAUUUCAUAGACGAUGAUGAUACAGAGUAAGGCAUUUUGGACGUGAGCUGUGGAGGGGGGCCCAUGAGGAGGGAGGCUUCCCAUCUUUCCUUCCAGAAGCAUCCACUUCUAAGACAUUCGAGCUCACCAGCAUGCAGAGUGGGGCCCCAGGAGCGCUCUCCCCUAGGUGCCAAGGGUUAGUGGUUAAUGGUUUGACAAUGAUAAUGAAACCAAAAGCCUGUGAUUUUGGCUCAACAGGGGCAUAUGGAAAUUUCCAUCUGUAGCCGACUCUGGAGAGACGUGCGUGGCCAACUUCACAAGAGCCGCUCGCCCACACUGGCCAUUGCGACUCCACGUCUCAGGUCCCCGCACCAGCCUGGGCCAGCCAGGAGCAGCUGUUGCUGGCAGAGUUGCCCACAGCGAGGCGGGGAUCGGGCAGUUUCCAGAAAAAGGGAAGCUGCUUGGCAAAAGCAGAAGUGACUUUUUUUUUUUGCCAGAGGCCCCAAACUGGCCGGUCUCAAACUGGGAAAACCCGUUCUUAGCAAAAUGCUCCAGUGAGCUCUCAUGGCAGGAAAGCUCACUCCAGUUCCGGAAAGUUGUGGUUUUGGCCUCUCCCAGCAAGAGGCACCAAAGUAAUGUCAGAGCCACGCUGAACUCUGGCAUGGGCGACGUUUCUUUUUUCUUUGCGUUGUGUGUGUUUGUUUUGUGAUAUUUCCCUACCAGGCCAUUAAGAAAAGUUAGAUGACAGCAAGGGUGUGAGUGGCUCGAUCCCAGAUAAAGAGGGCCAGGCACAGAGACGGCGGGAUCGCUGGAGGAACUUGAGAGUCCCUCAGGUCUCACCACCCAUUUGCGGGUUGGGGAGCAGGGGUGCCCCUGCGGGCCGUGCCUUGGAGCUCAAAUGACCGGCCUAAGGUCACAUUGCGGCAGCUCAUCGAGGACUUCUUAUUCCGUGUUGUCAGACUCGGCUUUCAGUGACACCAUCGGUGACUGUGGGGGGAGGGACUAGAUCUUCAGCAUCAAAGUAGACACUGAAUUAAAACUCACUGAGAUGAACUGAUUUGCACAACUGCGAGGCAGCGCUCAGAGCACCAGACUCUCACCUCUGACUCUUCCCUCUGGCAGAAGCCGGUGGGGCGGGUGGAUGCUGGUGGGGCACAAGGGCCAUGUUCCUGGACACAGGACGAUGGAGGUGGGGCGGGCGGGAAGGAGUGUAGAACUUGAGGAUUUUGGAAUUGGUCCAUCUGGGUUCCAAUCCAGGCUCGGGGCUCCUUGGCUGAGUGCGAGCUUGGGCUGCUUUGAUGAGCAUGGCCAAUGCCAUCUCUGAACCUCGGUUUGCCCACCUCCACAAUGGCAGGGCUGCCCACCAGAUGACGUGUGCUUCGAGGCAGAGCAUGGGACAAGUUGCCCUUCUGCCUCCUGUUCAUUUCUUCCUUUCUAAGAUGAGGAAAUAACCCAUUAGCUGAGCAGGGUUACUUCGGAGCUUAAACAGACAGAUUUGAUCCCUCCUUCCAGGAGAAACCUUCUGGACAGGCGUCUUUCCAUUAAACACUCAAGAAGCGUUCUAGGUGAGGGGACUACCUCCCGGUUUCUCCUGGGCCCACCCGGUUCACACCCAUGUCCCUGUGUAAUCAUUUGAUGUGCCCACUACGGGUAAUUGGUACUGCGGUUCCCCUGCGCCCCCCUCCUGCUUCUUUCUGCAGACACUGAGCCACCUGUGUGCACGGCCCCUCGGUUUAGGGGGUGUGGGUUCUCAGCCUCCCUGGUGUGUCUCGCUCCCCCUGCAGCCCAGCGGAGCCUCUCUGUGCCUAGCUGCAGCACGCUCCAGAAAAUGGCAAACGUGCUGCGGGCUGGGCAGGAGCAGCUUCCCCAGGUGGGAACAUGCCCAGCAUGCACAAGUGGCACGGAUUGAAUUAUGUCCCCCAAAAUAUAGAGAGAGGUCCUAACCCCCAGCACCUGUAAAUGUGACCUUGUGUGGAUAUGGCGUCUCUGGCAGAUGUACUUAGCGAAGAUGAGGUCAGCCUAGAGCAGGGUGGGCCCUUAAUCCAGUGUAACUGCAUCCUCCCAAGAAGAUGGAAGACACAGGCCCGUGGGGAGCAGGCCAUGGGACAGCAGAGGCCGAGACGGGAGUGCGCUGGUGGCUACCAAGGAUCCCCAGGGAGAGCCAGUGACCCUCAGAACUAGGAAGAGGCACGGAAGGGUCCCCCACAGGCUUCAGAGAGGGCGCGGUCCUGCCCACCCCUUGAUCUUGGACUUCAGGCCUGCAGAACUCUGAGAGAAUCCAUUUCUGUUGUUCUAAGCCCCCCGUGUGUGUAUGUUGUUACAGCAGCCGCCGGAAACGAAUACAGCAGGACUUGGUGUUUCUUGUCACCCUCCAUCCUUUGGUCUCCUGUCCAUCUAGACACAGAGACUAAUAGGGACAUGGAGAAACUGAGGCACGGAGAUUCUUGACUAAGAACUUCCCCACCAUCAUCCUGACAUCGCUUGGACUCCUGCGGAAGGGAAGGGCCAAGUUCCAGAAAACAGAGCCUAGCUGGCAUGGCCAGACUGCCCCGUGUGGGAGGGAGCAGGGCCCUGCCAGAAACUUUCUCCAAAGCACGGUGCAUCGGAGGCCCCUUUACCCAGGCAGCCUGUGUCUCAGGGCCUGCGGCCUGCCAGGCAGGGGGCACUGCCUCUGCGUCUUCGUUUCCCCAACACGGUUAGAAUUCUCGAGGUCUCCACCACGCCCCUGUAUUCCAGGAUCACAAAGAACUUCCUAAACGGGAACCCAUUUUCGUUCAGAACACCCUGCAGGAGCCAUUGGGAGAGGAACCGUGGAGCAGUACCCAGGUCCUGGGCCUGCCUGAGCCAACCCAUACAGCUCGGUGGCUGGCCUCCCCAACUCUCCUCACCUGCGGGCUGUGAAGAUCAAACGAGAUGAUGUCUGCUGACGGAAGUCCAAUUUAAUUUUUAAAGUUAUUUAUUAUCCUUAUUAUCAUUUUCUUAUUUUUAGGUAGAUCAAAAGACAUGCAGUAGGCUGGGUGCGGUGGCUCACGCCUAUGAUCCCAGCACUUUGGGAGGCCGAGGCAGGAAGAUCACCUGAGGUCAGGAGUUUGAGACCAGCCUGGCCAACAUGGUGAAACCCUGUCUCUGCUAAGAAUAUAAAAAUUAGCCAGGGGUGGUGGCGGGGGCCUGUAAUCGCAGCUACUCAGGAGGCUGAGGCAGGAGAAUCGCUUGAACGUGGGAGGUGGAGGUUGCAGUGAGCCAAGAUUGCGCCACUGCACUCCAGCCUAGGCAACAAGAGCAAAGCUCCGUCUCAAAAAAAAAAAAAAAAAAAAAAAGACAUGCAGUAUUUUCUUCAUCUGUUUGUACUGCUAUAACAAAAUACCUGAGACUGGGUGAUUUCUGAAGAAUAGAAAUUUAUUUCCAGUUCUGGAGGCUGGAAAGUCCGAGACAAGGGUGGUGCCAGGAGGUUCAGUGUCGGGUGAGGGCCUGGUCUCUGCUUCCAAGGUGGCACCUUGCACACUGUGACUUCACAUGGACAAAAGUAGGCCUCACUGGUUCCUUCCAGCUCUUUUCUAAGAGUAGUAACCCAUUUCUGAGGGCCCUGUCCUCAUGACCUAACCACCCCCAAGCCCACUUCUUAAUAUUGUUGCAUGAGGGAUUAAGUUUCAGCAUGAAUUUUGUAGGAGGCACAAACAUUCAAACCAUAGCAGUAUUUAUCCAAAGGUUUCAUCUGCUCCCAUCCUGAAAGCUGAAGUCCUCAGCCUCGUCUCUGCAAUCUGACUUCACAGUGCAGGAGGGAGGGGUGGUGUGGUUUAAAAGCCGCUGGGCCACGGGCACUGGGGUGCUAGUAAGGUAUAACAACUGACUCUUUAGAAAAGCAGCUCUGAUUCAUAGUGUUUCCUGACUGCUGUGGUGUAAAUGUUCCCACCAUGGAAGAUUUCCACAUGGCCUCAGUUAAUGGAGCUGGGGAAAGACACCCCCAGUCUGCUCCGGGGAGCCCGUGUGAGCUGCCAGCUUCACCUGCCUAAACGGAUGCUUCCGGGCGCCAACCUCACAGGGUGGACUCCUUUUCUCUACACCUGAAACCCCAGAGGACAGAAGCAUUGUGUCUGGAAGAAAGAGCCAGUUAGAAAGACUCAGGUGCCCAGGCUGGGAGCAAGGGCUGGAGCAGCCCCAGCGGAGCUUGUUGGUGCUUUGCCGUGUGGUUAUAUACCAGGUUAGCUCAUCGUCAUGUUGGAAGGAAAAGGGCUCUGAGCCUUCAGAAGAUGAGCAGUGCCCCAGGAUGAGUGAUGGGGCUGGGAAGGCCAGGGGGUACAGCCUCAGUGGGGUGCUUCACAGGGUCUCAGGCGUCGAUGUCCUGUGGGAAGGACAAGUUCCUAGAGAGAGAGGCUCGGGGACAAGAGCUCAAGGCCAGCGUCCGUGAGGAUGUGGCUUGAGAAAAGGAACAGAGCUGAUCAUAGAAGGAAAAGUCAACUAAGAGCCACCUGCCUAAUUUACUCUCAGUAGGCCCCUGUCGCCCCAGCCUGCUAACCCUUGGCCAGAGGAAAAUUACCGGCAGCUCAGGGGCUCCCUUUGGAUGCUUGGCCAAGAGGAAUAUUCUUAACUGUACCAUCUCGGCCACACAGUUAAGCUAGUAUCUGCUGUGUGGACACUGCUGUGUACCCAGAAUAACACUAGACAUCAGGGACCCCAGCCUAAGGCUGCAGUCUUCCUGCAAAGUCCGGGCGGUUUCACUGGGAGAUUCCAGAACCAUUUCCCUCCCAGGCAUCCCCCGUCAAGCACGGGCUUUGCACAGGUACAAGGCUGAGAGCAUUUACCUAGCAGUCCCUCACCCAGCCGCUUACCCCCAUACACACUUACAUUAGUAACAGCCUUGGUGAUCUUGCUGACAGUUUAAGAAGCAGAUGAGGACUCACAUUUGUGUCAUUAAAACACAAAUCCCUUUGCAAAACUGGAUCUUAUUCCCAGCUGUGGAUGUUAGUGGACUGUCCUCCUCUUCAAAUAUGACCAAGCUUUUUACAACAGUCAUGCAAACGUCCUAGAAUCCAACUACAGAAGAAUACUGUAGGACAUGGCAUUUAUGAAGCCCUAUGGUGGUUAUAAGAGGGGGACUCAUUUUACAAAGAUAACCAGAAGAAUACUCACUUUAUCUACACGUCCAAACACUCAUCCACAUGCACACGCAUACAUACCUACACAUACAGACAUACAUGCACAAAGGGUCUCAGAUACCACCUCCUGCCAGCGUCCUAAGUUACGGUGUCCCUCAGAAACAGAGGUGGCGUUGUGGGGUAGGGUAGUUCCAAAUUGCAGCCAUUCACACCUGCACAAUUUUUUAUAUCCAAGUGCAAUUUUUAAGCUUAUUUUUAUUUUUUAUUUUUAAAUUUUUUUGAGACGGAGCUUCUGUCACCCAGGCUGGAGUGCAGUGGUUCGAUCUUGGCUCACCACAACCUCUGCCUACCGGUUUCAAGUGAUUCUCCUGCCUCAGCCUCCUGAGUAGCUGGGAUUACAGGCGUGCGCCACCACACCCAGCUAAUUUUUGUAUUUUUAGUAGAGACGGGGUUUCGCUAUGUUGGCCAGACUGGUCUCGAACUCCUGACCUCAAGUGAUCUGCCCACCCCCAAAGUGCUGGGAUUACAACUGUGAACCACCGUGCCCGGCCUUACAUUUAUUUUUAAAAGAAACUUUCUAAGACUAGAAGAAAUGGAAAACUUCUAACAUGGUUCACCAUAAAUUGUAAAAAUAAACAGCUGCCCAUCAGGGUAAAUUGUGUCAGCUCACACACCGCAAGUAGGGGCGAGCACUGAUCAGGCCGCGAGGUCCGGCUCUGGAAAGUCGUGUCACAGGGACUCAUCUGCUGAGGAGGCUCCUCCAGACCCUGCUAGCCCCCGAUCUGAGGACAGCACCCGUCUGUGCUCCAGGACCAUACACACUGUGUGUGUGAAAAUCCAGCCCCCAGAUGCCGGGAGAGGGACCCUGAGGGAGCGGCAGACUCUGGGGCUAAUGGCAAGAAUGAUUCCUGGUGGCUCCGAUGAGCUGGGGUUGCCGUUGGUGUUUGGGAAGAGCUCUGAUCUCCUAGGUGGGGCCUUUCCCGCCCCCGCAGUGUUUUGGGAAAUGCGGCUCCCACUACCUGCCACCCUCAGUAUUUAGGUGACUUGGCAGCCACCUCCCCUUGUGAGGAUGACGAGGUUGGGAAGGGAGGCAGCCAUCUGAAAAUGGCAGCCACCGCCUUUCCCUUCCCAGCGCCUCCCCCACGAGUCAGUCCUGAUGCUGCCAGGGCCCAGACUUCCAAGUGGGGCCACCACCGCUUCCUCCCUCCUCAACAAUAGUUAGGCUGAUGGCUCUCAAACUUGAGCAAGCUCUGGGGUCACCUGGAGGGCUGGGCCCCACCGCCGAGUUUUCCAUUCAGUAGGUCUGAGGCGGGUUCAUGAAUGUGUUUUUCUAGCAAGUUCCUAGGUUGACAAGGACGCUGCUGGUCCGGGAACCACGCUCUGAGGACCACUGGGCCAGGAGUGGAAGAGAGCCGGAGCCCUCUCGCAGCUCAAGGUUCUGAUCAGCUCAUUAGCCCAAGAUUCAUUUUCUCCACUAACAACGUCUUCACCUGAGAAGGAAAUGAGUCCCAUCCUGGCUCAAGCAGGCCACAGACGAGGAGAAGAGGCUGUCGGGGUGAAGAGGGCCAUUUUUGUCUCUGCCAGGAGAGGGAUGCCGAGCAGUGAUCCUGCCAGGAAAGGGAACUGUGGGGUUGAGAUGUGGGGGCAGCUGGGAACAGGGGCAGGUGGGGAGGGACAGAUGUCUCCCAGCACCCUUGUGCGGGGCGGAGGCUGCCUGCCGCCAUCCCUGGAGCUCCGCAUACACUCUUUUCAACAGCACCGAGAAGAGGAGCUGUGACGUCCCCGUGUCCCAGGGAGGUUUGCAGGGCUGGGGAGCACAGAAUUCAUCUGCCAGACUCAGACCCAGGCGGUCUAGCCCAAGAGGGAAUAUACAUAUGUGACAACAAUUGCAUGGAAUGAUACCGAUUUAUUCAUCCAAUAAAUACUUACUGAGCCUUUACUUUGUGCCGGGCACUGUUUUAGACAUGGGGCUUUAAGAGUGAACAGAACUGUCUAAAAUCCCUCACUCAUGGAGGUCACAUGCUGGUGAUGAAAUAGAGACAGUGAGCAACAGAAAGUUAGUGUAUUUCAAACUUUUGGACCAUGACUCACGAUAGAAAUAAUAACUCGUGUUUGCAUAGUGCUCACUGUUUGCCAGGCACUGAGUUAUUGUCUGUUCUACGUUUCGUAUCUCUUUCUAUUUCGUAUGACCUACCUAAAAUAACUUUGUGAUUCGCUCAUGGGGAAGGGCUUCUCAUUUGAGAACCACUGCUCCGAUGGACACGCUCACCCAGGUGGGAGGGUUUUUACCCCCGUUCCUUCCCACCUCUGCCUCGCCAAACCAGCCCCUUCUUCAUGUCAUGGGUCCUCUUCCGCCUCUUUGAGGAAGCCGCUCUGACUUCCAGCCCACACGACUUCGCGGAGUGGUAGAAGUUGAGAGCUAGAGACGAGGUGUUAGGGAUGAGGUCACCCAGUAUGAUCUUCCCAUUUUACAGAAGAGUACACUGAGGCCCAGAGGGAGCACCGGCCUGCCUGCGGUCUGUAAUAGUGAGUGACCAGUCUCUGAGGGACACUGCCACAACUUCAGAGCCACGCUCUUUCUCUAUCUCUGCAGCAAAAGAGGAGAGCUUCCCAAGGGCUUCCCCAACCCCUGGGAAAGGCCUGGAGUGUGGGAGGAAACUGACUCAUGCCUUCUUCUCCAUCUCCUUCUAUCUGCUCCUUCUACCUCCUUCUACCUCUCCAAACCCUGGCCAGGAGUCAGGAGGCCCAGGCUGAGGCCUUGGAAUCUGAAUUUUUAAAAAGCUUCUGUUCCUUGGAAUUCUACAGAGGUGGGCAGCCAUGUGGCUUCCUGCCUCCUCCUCACCUUCCCUGGCUGGGCUCUGAGGACAAUGGAGCCUUCUGCCAUGACAUGUCCAUGGAUGUGAGAUGUGAAGAGGAAGAAUUUCUAUCCGAUCUUAACCAAAUAGUGUGUAGGUUUUGGUCUAGAUGUUUGAAUUGGGUCCAAGUCUUCCUGAUUUGAGUCAGCUGAUUCCAAAUGAAUCUAUUUUAUUAAUUUGGUAAUAAGUGGUCUCAAGUUCCAGCCUAAACUUCCUUGGGGGGCCUCACCCCAGUGGGGAUAGAGAUAAGGCUGUGUGAUACCAGAUCCUAGAACAAACACUCAAAUACUCAGCUCUGGGAAUAGAAGUGCAAGCAGAAAUCCAUUUAUUCUCUUUGAAAACACACCAACUAGAUAUUGCUUCAACUGUACUCCAUAAAUCAGUGAGUUUUUUGGUGACAUAAUUCACGAAACUUUUGGGAAAACAACAAUGAAGCCACCAGAUUUGAAAUUCAGAACAACAGCUGUAGCCGCAUGAUGGUGCAGACUGUCUUCAGCUUUUCAACACCAUAUUCCUUAGGAAUGGUUGGCCCACCAGUUCCUUGCAGAAACCACAGAACUAGAAUGAGGUGUCUCAUGUAUAUCAGCUUCAGGAAACGACAACGUGAGACAUAGCCCUGCUGCUGUGUUCCAUCUGCUUUUAUAUGCAGCUUUGUUCCAGGUUCUAGACAUGUGGACCCUUAAGUAUUAUCUGUGUACAUACACUGCACGUCUGUGUGUAGGUUUAUAUCAAAACUUGUAGGUACACUGGGGCUUGGAACACAUAUAUUCAUGCCCAGAAAUCUGUGCACAUAGAUAUAUAGACACUGUGUGUUCGCAUGACUAAAAGCAUGGCCUGCGUGUAUGUGUGUCUUUCAAAUGCCUGCUGUAUUGGCUUGCUGGCCUGCACAGAUGCACCCAGAUUCUUGAACUCAGAUGGAGCCUGUUCAGCAGUGUCCCAAAGUAGGGACAGGGAAGAACUAGACCUUGAAGGGAAUCCUGCAGUUUACUUGUUUUCUGUCCUAAAGACACAUUUCCACCUGAAUUGUGAAGAUCAGAGUUCUGAAGCCUUCAGAGUUCUGAAGCCUUCACAAUCAGAAUUGUGAAGCCUCCUCUGCUUCACGGCAGCAUCCCCAUGCUACCAUCGCUACUUACUAUCACUACCUACCAUCACUACCCAUCACUACCUACCAUCACUACUAUCACAACCAUCACUACCUACCAUCGCUACCAUCAUACCUACCAUCACUACCAUCAUCACUACCUACCAUCACUACUAUCACUACCAUCCCUACCUACCAUCGCUACCAUCAUCACUACCUACCAUCACUACCAUCCCCACCUACCAUCACUACCAUCAUCACUACCUACCAUCACUACUAUCACUACCAUCCCUACCUACCAUCACUACCAUCACUACCUACCAUCACUACCAUCCCUACCUACCAUCACUACCAUCAUCACUACCUACCAUCACUACCAUCCCUACCAUCCCUACCUACCAUCGCUACCAUCAUCACUAUCUACCAUCACUACCAUCACUACCAUCCCCACCUACCAUCACUACCAUCCCCAUCUACCAUCACUACCAUCCCCAUCUACCAUCACUACCAUCACUACCAUCCCUACCUACCAUCACUACCAUCAUCACUACCUACCAUCACUACCAUCCCUACCUACCAUUGCUACCAUCAUCACUACCUACCAUCACUACCAUCCCUACCUACCAUUGCUACCAUCAUCACUACCUAUCAUCACUACCAUCACUACCAUCCCCACCUACCAUCACUACCAUCACUACCAUCCCUACCUACCAUCACUACCAUCAUCACUACCUACCAUCACUACCAUCCCUACCUACCAUCACUACCAUCACUACCAUCCCUACCUACCAUCACUACCAUCCCUACCUACCAUCACUACCAUCCCUACCUACCAUCGCUACCAUCACUACCUACCAACACUACCAUUACUACCUACCAUCACUACCAUCAUCCCUACCUACCAUCACUACUAUCACUACCAUCCCUACCUACCAUCACUACUAUCACUACCAUCCCUACCUACCAUCACUACCCAUCACUACCUACCAUCACUACCAUCACUACCUACCAUCACUACCAUUACUACCUACUAUCACUACCAUCAUCACUACCUACCAUCACUACCAUCCCUACCUACCAUCACUACCCAUCCCUACCUACUAUCACUACCAUCCCUACCUACUAUCACUACCAUCCCUACCUACCAUCACUACCAUCCCCACCUACCAUCACUACCAUCACUACCAUCCCUACCUACCAUCACUACCAUCCCCACCUACCAUCACUACCAUCACUACCAUCCCUACCUACCAUCACUACCAUCCCUACCUACCAUCACUACCAUCAUCACUACCUACCAUCACUACUAUCACUACCAUCCCUACCUACCAUCACUACCCAUCACUACCUACCAUCACUACCUACCAUCACUACCAUCCCUACCUACCAUCACUACCAUCAUCACUACCUACCAUCACUACUAUCACUACCAUCCCUACCUACUAUCACUACCAUCCCUACCUACCAUCACUACCAUCACUACCUACUAUCACUACCAUCAUUACCUACCAUCACUAUCAUUACUACCUACCAUCACUAACAUCACUACCAUCACUACCUACUGUUACUACCACCACUACUACCCUCACUACGGUGGCUCAUGCCUGUAAUCCCAGAACUUUGGGAGGCUGAGAUGGGAGGAUCACUUAAGCCCAGCAGUCCGAGACCAGCCAUGGCAACAUAGAGAAACCCUGUCUCUACAAAAAAUAAAAAAAUUAGCUUGGUGUGGUGGCAGGCACCUGUAGUCCCAGCUACUCAGGAGGCAGGGUGGGAGAAUUGUUUGAAUCCAGGAGGCCAAGGGUGCAGUGAGCUGAGAUCGCACCACUGCACUCCAGGCUGGGUAACAGAGUGAGAUCCUGUCUCAACCAAUCAAUUAAUCAAUUAACCAAUCAAUCAGUCAAUCAGAUGGGGUCUCACUCUGUCUCAGAGGCUGGACUUGAACGCCUGGGCUCCAGUGAUCUUCCUGCCCCAGCGUCGCAAGUAGCUGGGACUGUAGGUGCCACCGUGCCCGGCAGCACUUUAUAUUCUUAAACUAACAACAUCCACAGUUGAUGAAUGAGGAGCCUGAGACUCGGGUGGGCAGCUCCUCGCUCAGGUGUAAACCCCUCCGUCAGAAGCAGGCCGGCUUGGGGCCAGAGCCCCUGUGCACCCUGCUGGACCACUCUGGCGACGGAGGUCCGGGGGGUUCAUGUUUCAGAGAACACUGAACUUCCGUCUUGGGAGGACCUCCCAUUUCUACUCUUGCUCCUGAGGCAGUGAACUGACAGAAGCCACAUCCACACAGUGCAGGUCCGGGGGCCAGAUGCAUCUGUAGUCUCAGGACUGCAGGUUGGGGCCUCGGAACAGGUGCACAGAGGCAGGAGGCUGAGAUGGGAAGAUCACUUGAGGCCAGGAAGUUGAGGCUGCAGUGAGCUAUGAUUGCCCCACCCAGCUAUGAUUGAGCCUGGAUGACGGAGCGAGACCUCAUCUAAAUGAAUGAAUGAGUAACUAACUGGUGCAUGGUGAGGGCCCUUUGCAGCUGGGCUGCUGGGCCAGCUGCUGGGCCAGCUGCUGCUUUCUCUACACAGGCAGCCUGGGGAACCUCGAAGGCACCUUGGCCAGCCAGUUGCAUUCUGGGCAUGGAGGACCUGUCCUCCCUCAAGGCCUGUGCUGUCCAGGCACCUUUUCAAAUGCCUCCCUACUGUCACCAGCUCCGGGGAGAUGAAUCUGCCACUCCUAACAAGUAACUUAGAUGAUGUCUUCUUUAGAAAGUCUACUUUUCUGAUUACAAACGUAAUGUAAAAUGUAAUGCCCUCAAGGACUGGCGCACACACUCAGGGUACAAAUACAGUCACUCCUCUUUCAGUGUCCAAAUUCACGGCUCCAGCCCCCACUCUCUUUGUUAGGGGGAUAUCUGGUCUCCCUCUUGAGCCCUGCCCCCAAUUGUCCAAGAACCCCUGGGGUACAGGUGUGGCCUCCCAGGGAGCUGCCACCCUGCUCAGCUUCCUCUGCCGCCCUGCUUAGCUUCCUCUGCUGUGGCUCCUGGGCCACACGGUGUCCCUGGGGAAGGCGGGCCCCUGCUACGUUGGGCUGGCUGGCCCUGGAUGGACCACUCCCCAAGCUCAGUGACGUUGCAGGUGUGACCACUUGGGACUCAGCACCCUCGGGCUAUGGACAGAGCUAGAGCCUGGAGCACCAGAUCCCAAGUCAGGACCAGGUGUCCCUGGCGUUCCUUCCCUAGUGGUUACCGAGGCCCGAGGCGGCGUCUCCAUGACACCCUCGUUCCCUGCUGAAGGAAUUCUCAUGGGUGAAGCAUUGUGUAAAUCAUCAGACCGCAUUUAAAUACAAGACACGAGUAAGGUAUGGCGAAAGCAUUGGAACUGUAGACAUUGCUAUUCUCAUUCCGAACAGGCACUGAGUACAAGGUUGCUCAAUGAAAAAUAGCAGACUCAUGGACCAUCAUCCUUGUCUAGGUGGGGAAACUGAGGCCCAAAGAGGUCAAGGUUAGGGCUGGACGGCAGGGGCUGCGGACCGCUUGUGAGCUGCAAACCAGCACGAGAGUUCCGACCACGGUGCCCGGCCACGCUGCCUUGCCCCAGCAUCACUUGACUUCCUCCUUCUACUUUCCUUCCUUCUGCAGGCCAGUCUGUAGUUGGCUGAUGUCUGAGAAUAUCACGACUUUUCUGAUUCUUAGCAGAAAAGAUGUGGUUUUCUAGGAAGCUUCUGGUGCAGCGAGCCCUGGUUGGGGUGGGGCUGGGGGCAGUUAAAGCCCAAUGUGCCCCUGCCUAGCCGUUCAGGAAAUGGCCCGGCUGAGGUGUCAGGCAGCUGCCAGUCUGCAGAGCUGGCUUCAGAGGAAGCUCCCCCUUUUCUUUUUUUCUUUUUUUUGAGACAGUCUCACUCUGUUGCCCAGCCUGGAGUGCAAUGGCUCAGUCUCUGCACACUACAACCUCUGCCUUCCGGGUUCAAGCGAUUCUUCUGUCUAAGCCUCUGUAGUAGCUGGAACUACAGGCAUGAGCCAACACGCCUGGCUAAUUUUUGUAUUUUUAGUAGUGAUAGAGUUUCACCAUGUUGGCCAGGCUUGUCUCUAACUCCUGAACUCAAGGGGUCUGCCUGUCUCAGCCGCCCAAAGUGUUGGGAUUACCGGUGUGAGCCACUGUGCCCGGCCUUCUUUACCUUUUUUUUUUUUUUGAAACAGGGUCUUGCUUUAUCUCCCUGGCUGGAGUGCAGUGGAGCAAACACAGCUCACUGCAGCCUCGACUUCCCUGGCUCCAGCGAUCCUCCCACCUCAGCCUCCUGAGUAGCUGAGACCACAGGCAUGCACCACCACACCUGGCUAAUUUUUGUAUUUUUUGUAGAGACAGGUUUUACCAUGUUGCCCAGGGUGAUCUCCAACCCCUGGGCUCAAGCAAUCUUCCUGCUUCAGCCUCCCAAAGUGCUGGGAUUAUAGAUGUGAGCCACUGCACCCACCCUGCCCCUUGUCUUGGUGGUCUUGUGUCAAGUCAGGUGAGACAUGUCCAGGAUACCCAUCUGCUGGAGACGAGGGUGCUGAGGGGAUUGAGCAAGGCUGUGGGCCGAGCCUGGCAGGGUCGAGGGUGUCCAAGUCAAGGGACACCAGGCCCUUCAUGGAGUGGUGCAACGCCACGGCCCCGCUGACCCCAGCUGAGUGCUGCAGCAGUGGGAGCUGGCCUCCUCUUCCUCUUCUGGCUCUGAGUCUACUGUGUUUCCUUCGUUGCUUCUAGAAAUAAAGGCACCACUGUGGAGGGAGAGGGAACAGAGAUUAAAUGUGGGCCCAGCCUCUCCUGUCCUUUCCAGUCCUGCCUCUGCUGGUGCCUGUUCCCAAGGCCCAGGUGUGGCCUCCUCUGGGGUCCUGUGCGUGUCUCCAAGGCCCAGGCGCGGCCUGCUCCAGUGUCCUUUCCAGCCAGCGCUGCCCACAGGAGUGACUGUCUGCUGAGAUCCUGGCUUUACCGGAGGAGAAGCUGCUCACUCUCAACGCCCUGCGAGCGCCGACGGUUGGAUGGAGGGAGGGUCGCCCGGAUUCACCCCCAGCUGCCAUCCCCGUGGGCCAGCACUGCCUCUUUCUCUCCCUCUUCUUCCACCUUAUCUUCCUGUCCACUUUCCCCCUUUCCUUCCCCCAUAAUUGACCCCAAUGUGGAAUUGAGGGUCAUUUCAAAAUAUUUCUGAUACUAUUUGAAGAAAAUAAACUUUAUCUGUUUAAUGAAAAAUACCAGGUCUCACCAAUUUGCUUUCUCCUGUAAUGAUCGGGGUGGUGGGGGGAGCUGUGGAGCCCCGAAGGGCACUCUGCCCUGGCUGUGGCAGUGGCAGGAGGUCACACUUUAUGGGAUUCGGUCUGUCUCCCCACCGCUUCUGUAUGGUGAUGUCUUCCAGAGAUGUGAAGACGGCUGUGCACGGUGUGGUGUGGCUUUGUUUUCCUCGCAGCACCCAGGGCAGGGCUGAGCUGGAGGUAGCUGGGGUUCAAGUUGAAUUUAAACAAAUAGCCUCAAAUAAACAUUGGCAGUCUGGCAGGGACCUCGUCUCGGGGGUUCCCGCAAGCUGGCUGGGCCGGGCCCUUUUGCAUCUGGAGUGCUCACUCUGUUCUGCUUCCGCUGUUGUGGACGAUCCAAGAACUGAAUAUUCUCAGUGGCUUCUUAGUCCUAAGUGAAUUUGUCACAGGACAUUAAUACCUAAAGCCAGAGAACCUGCCAGGAGGAGAGGGCAGGGGACCCGAGGGGCUAGGUCCUACCUCACAGUUCUCCAGCCCAGGAGCUGUGGCCUGAGGACCCGCAAACACGCCCUCCUGUGCCCCACUAAGGCUGCACCCAGACAGGAGGCCAGAGGCACAGCUGGGACAGCCUAGAGACUACCCCAGCCUCCACACCCCAUCGGAGGGGAAUUCACACUGGGAAGGGGGCAAGUUCUGAUCCCCUGGAGGCAGAGGAGCCAGCGAUGGGUCCACCUUCCCUUUGUUGUUGUUGUUGUUUUUGUUUCUUGUUUUGGUGACUGAGUGAAGGGACUUGACCCUGGUUCUCCCAGCUUGAGCAGGAGCAUCACUGCAGUGAUCAGGGAAGCUGCUUGGACCAGCUGGCCUGGGGGAGCCACCACCCCAUUCUCUCGCCCCUCUUGAGAAUCCAGCCUGUGGACCCAGAUGUGUCAGCCUGCAGUCAGACCACAGUCUGUCUCGGGCUGGUGCUGGGGGUGGCAGAAAGGGGGUCCUGACGCAGCCCCUGCUCCCCCGAGUCUCUCAGUCUCCUGGGGAAGAGAUGACAGACACAACAUAAAAGGGAAAUCAUGCUAUAGGGGAAGGAAUGAUCCAAAGGCACGGCCGAAGACAAAACUCAGGAUAUGGGAAGUGGUCAUGAAUAUUCAUUGUAAUCACAUCUCACUGGUUUGAAACCAAAAAAUGUCGGGGUGAGUUAGACUCAGGAUGUGCACUGGGUCCUGGGUCCUGCAAGUCCCCCAAAUUAGAUACAUUCACAGGGAGCUCAGACACGCUGGUCCGUGGAGCAAUCAAUGCCCGUGGAUUGGCCUCGUCACAGUCCCCAUCUCCGAUGCCUCCCUGAGCUGCACCCCACUCUUGAAUACAGAAGGGCUGCCCUUUGUGGGACAGAUGCACUUUCAUCACGGUGAGCAGCCAGCAAUCUGCCAUCACAGUGGGCCCUUCCUCCUGGCAUCACCAGGCUGCCCACGAGAGCCCCCGGGAUGUCCGACCCAGACCAGUGGAAGCCCAGGGUGGGGCCAGGAUGCUGGGUGACUGUCCUGCCACAGGACCUGGGUCAGUCUCCUUGUGUGUCUGUCCAUACAGCAACCUCUCCUUAUCUGGCAAGUGAUGACAAUUUAAAACCACAACGAGAGUGGUUCCUAAAGGCGAGCUUACGCCUUUAGGAAGGCUGCCAGGCUUAGGCCAGGGAGGAUGCUGUUAGAUGCCUCGGAAGGGUAAGCAGGCAGACAAGAGCAAUUUCUGAAAACUUUCUAAGGGUGUCGAGUGUGGUGGUUAAUGCCUGUAAUCCCAGCACUUUGUGGGGCCGAGGUGGGAGGAUCACUUGAGCCAAGGAGUUCGAGACCAGCCUGGGCAACAUAGGGAGACCCGUCUCUACAAAAAAUUAAAAAUAAUAAAAAUAAUAAAAAAUAAAAAUAUUACCUGGAGGAUCACUUGAGCCCAGGAGGUCAAGGCUGCAGUGAGCCAAGAUCGUGCGUGUCAUGGCACUCCAGCCUGGAAAACAGAGCAAGACCCUGACCCUAAAAACAAAUGAACAUAAAACCUUUCUAAGGGCACCCUGUUAUGAGUUGAAUUGUGUGUCUCCUAAAAGAUGUGUCCAAAUCCUAACCCUCUGUACCUGUGAAUGUGACCUCUUUUGG